AUGAUUCGAAGCACUUCUUUUUACACUAUUUCCGAAACCCAAGGACUCAAUCGUAUGGAUAUGUAA